GCUGGAUCAUAAUUGGGGUAUUAAUAUUCAAAUGAAAACAGUAAAAAUUUAGUUCAAUAGUACAGAGAAUGUUCUGUGUGUUGUGGAUGUGGGUGACGUCAUCAAGAAGCGCCCAGACAAGCAUGGGACGAGUAGGUCUAGCCGGGGUGACUUUUCUGUCCGGAGCGGGAGUCGGAGCUUUCCUGAGCCACCUGUGGCGCAACAGAUGCGGGAAGGAGGAGGACAGGCCAGGGCUGCUGAGCCGGGUUCCGGUCAUUCCCGUUCCAGGACUGCCAGCGGUCCAGGCUUCCGAACUGACGGUCAGUCCAGGUGGCUCUGGAGCAGUGAUGAAGUAUGGCUUUCCCUCACUGGCCAACAUCAAGACUAGAGAGUCCUACAUUACAUCUUAUGAUCCUCGCACCCGCACUGCAUCUUGGGUAAUAGAAAGACUCAACCCUACCUCCCUGACGGGUCCCUCAAACAGGAAGUUCUGCGACUUCAAAGAGGACGACAGUGUGCACGUUUUCCACAGAGCAACUAAUGACGACUACAGGGGGAGUGGCUUCGACAGAGGUCACCUGGCUGCUGCAGCCAAUCACAAGUGGAGUCAGAAAGCCAUGGAUGACACCUUCUACCUGAGCAAUGUAGCUCCUCAGAACCCUAACCUGAAUCAGAACACCUGGAACAACCUGGAGAAGCUCUGCCGCUCUCUGACAAAACGCUACCUCAAUGUCUAUGUGUGCACUGGCCCACUCUACCUGCCCAGCAAAGAAGAUGAUGGAAAACUCUACGUGAGGUACCAGGUGAUAGGACAAAACCACGUUGCUGUGCCUACACACUUCUUCAAGGUGCUGAUUCUGGAGCAGGCGGAUGGCAGAGGGGUGGAGCUUCGCUCAUAUGUUUUACCCAAUCAGCCAAUUGAUGAUAAGGUUCCUCUGGAGCGUUUCCUGGUUCCCAUAGAAACCAUAGAGAGGGCGUCUGGACUUCUGUUUGUCCCAAACAUCAUGAAGAGGACAAGCAGUCUACAGGCAAUAAAAUGAACUACAGUACCCACAAUGCCCUGCUGCUGUUUGUGUAAACUACUGCCCCGCUGAAUGUUCUGGUUCUGCAGCUGUAAACAUCUGUAAUUACAGAGUCGGAGAUGAAUAAGCUCAAUAAAUUCAUGUGUCGAAUGGA